GAUGUAAUUUUUCGUAUUCCUUGCUUUGAAGCAAAAUUUCGCCGUGUGGAUUUGUGAUCGAAUCUCCUGGAUUUACAGAAUGUUCUUUUGAUAUAAUAUACACUAUCCUUAUAUAACAAUGGAUCCUUCAAAGAGUACACGUCAGCUGGAAAACACUCCAAACAAAUCGUCCCCGCUCUCCAAGAAGCCGAAAAUUGUUGACUCUAGUCCCACCGCUUCCCAAAGCCGUAUGGUAACGAACGCGGACGCUGUUCCCAAAGGUCAGUACAGAAAUGAUUCGGCUACGCAUUUGGCUUCGUCUAACACUAGCGCCAGGCGUUCUCUUGGUUUAGAGUCCACAGAUGCUCCUCCUACCUGGUUUGUCACCUUUUUUAAUGACUUUGAAUCAAGAUUUGACUCACGCAUUGAAGCUUUGUUGGAUAAAAAAUUGAGCGACAUUUCUUUAAAGGUGUCUGAUCAUGAUGAAAGAGUCAAGAGCAUUGAGUUUGAUAUGGGGUCCCUGAAGGAUUCCGUCAAGCAGUUAGAGAAGGAGAAGGAGGUGCUCAUUGCCAAAUUGGAUGACCUAGAGAAUAGGGGAAGGAGAAAGAACAUUGUUCUGUUUGGGAUUCCUGAACAUCCAAACCAAGAUCAUGAAGAUUGUUUGAAAACUGUCACCGAUUUCUUACAACAUGCCGAUGUCUCGAAGGAUGAUUGUUCGCAGAUAGAAAGGUGUCACCGUACCCCCACAUAUCGAUCUGAGACCAGCUCUAGGCAGCCGAGAAGAAUCCACAUUGCCUUUUCUUCCUUCACAACCAAAGAACGGGUGAGGAAAGCGUGCGUGAAGAAGCUGAAGGAGUCCAAUUCCAAAUAUCGGGAUCGAAAGGUCUUUGUUGCUGAGGAUCUAUCAAAGAGAGUCCUUCAAUUACGCCAGAAGAAGCAGGAGAAGUUCAAGCAUCUACGAUCAGAAGGAAAAAAGCCUUUUUUCGCAUACCCAGACAAAAUUCGGUACAGAGACCCAACCACUGGGAAAGUCUUUUCAGCAGAUUGAUCCUAUUGUAUUACAGAAUGUCUUUUUCAAAUGAAAACAUCUACUAAUGGAUCUCAUGAACACUCUUCCACGUAGUUCUACAUGUUUAAAGGUUGAACUGAAUGGACAUGCGUUAUCUUUUUUAAGUGAUAUUUAUGGACUCUGAAAUUGUUUAAUCUUGUAUGAUAUUUCAUAAUUUUUUACCUUUUAACAAGUAGAGUGAGAACAGCUGUUGUUAUGGCUCGUCUUAUUUGUUUAUGUCUUUGAAUACAGGCUGUUUAACUUAUUUUUGAUACUGAUUAUCUCUCAUCUAUCUGUGCACAGGAGUGAACUUUAUUGUUGUAUUGAUAUAUAUUUUUUGAAGUUUACCUGUACAGACACUUCUUUAUCUCAUGUGUAGAUACUACGUGUAUCAGUGAAGCUUAAUGCUAGUUUUUAUCUCCCAUAGUGACAUUUUUUAUUACAUUUAUAAGGUAAUGUCUUUUUCAUAUCUUUUGAAAAUAAUGUGCACAUGUUUUAAUGUACACUUUGAUAUAUUUUCAAGUUACUACCCCUUGGCUUUACUCUCCUUUGUGAUGGGGAUCUGAAGAGUUUUUGUUUUUGUUUGCACUGUUUUCUUUUUUGUUUAGAGUGUGUCCCCAAGAGAUGUUUUUUCCCCCAUAAAGCUACUCUAGGCAUUUGUGAGCAUUUUUUAUAUAUUGACUCUGUUAUUCCGAUUUACUUGUAUACCAUACAUGUACGAGUGUUUUGAUUUCUGUAUUGGCUACUGACUAUUGCUGAUGAUAUAUUGUGUGUUUUUUUUUUAUUAUGCCCCUAUGUAGAUCAUGAUUUAUAUGUGAUUCAGAGAGUCCAUUUUGUUUGUUUUGUGGUUACACGGUGGAUUUUGCUCAAGGCUGUUUCAUAUUUCUCGUUGUAUGCACCUUUGGACCAGGGCUGAGACUGAUUUGAAGUCACUGGCCACUAUUCUUGGUGCCAUUUGCACCCUCCUUUCGAUUUUACCUAAUUUGUUGUUGUUGUCCCCCUCCCCUAUUUGUAAUAUGUUUAAAUUCAAAGCAGUUAAUUGCUCACUUUGUUUGUAUACAAGCUCUUAUUUGCUAGAUAUGGUAUCUUGUGAUUUUACAUGAUGUACUUGUUUACUAGCUGAGCUCCUUUAUUCCAUGUAAUACUGCUUUGUUUUGAUUCAUUAUGA